AGAGGAUUGAUCAUAAUUUGAUAUUUAUCUUGAUCGAUCCUUGACUAAACUCUGAGAGUGAAACAAUUACCAGUAACAGUAAUCUCAAUAGCUUGGGCACACAGGUUGAAUAUGGAGCACCAGAAUUCCAAUCCAAUUCGCUGCAUCGUCAAACUCGGAGGAGCAGCCAUCACAUUUAAGAAUGAAUUAGAAACCAUAGACGAGGAGAACCUAAUGCUGGUUUCAUCACAGCUGAGGCAGACAUUGAUGUCUGCUUCUUCUGCGUGUCCGAGAGUUGUGGGAAUGGACUGGAGUAAAAGGCCUGGUUUAUCUGAGCAUCCGAGUGUUGACAGCAAUUUCGGUGAUCAACCAGUUUUUGAUUCUAAGAGUUUUGUUGUUGUUCAUGGGGCAGGUUCUUUUGGGCACUUUCAAGCUAGCAAAUCUGGCGUGCAGAAGGGCGGCUUGGGCAAACCUAUUGUCAAAGCUGGUUUUGUUGCUACACGUAUUUCGGUUACAUCUCUCAAUCUUGAAGUUGUCAGAGCUCUAGCAAGAGAGGGUAUUCCUUCUAUUGGAAUGUCCCCAUUCUCAUGCGGGUGGUCAACUUGUCAAAGAAAUAUGGCAGAAGCUGAAGUCUCUAUGGUGAUUAAAGCAGUUGAUGCUGGUUUCAUACCUGUUUUACAUGGAGAUGCAGUACUCGAUAGUUCACAGGAAUGCACCAUAUUGAGUGGAGAUGUGAUCGUACGCUAUUUGGCAGCAAAAUUGAAGCCAGAAUACGUUGUUUUUCUUGUAUCCUCCCAAUUUCCAGUAUUUGAGAUUGGUUCUUUCCUAAUCAUUGAUGCGAGUCCAAUUUCACCGUCAUGGUUCCAUUUUCUCCUUGAUGUUUAACCAACCUGUAGACAGAUGUGAAUGGCGUAUAUGACCGCCCCCCAACAGACCCUGAGGCUAAACUCCUGAGAGAAAUUGGUGAGACNAAUGCACCAUAUUGAGUGGAGAUGUGAUCGUACGCUAUUUGGCAGCAAAAUUGAAGCCAGAAUACGUUGUUUUUCUUACAGAUGUGAAUGGCGUAUAUGACCGCCCCCCAACAGACCCUGAGGCUAAACUCCUGAGAGAAAUUGGUGAGACAUUGUUUCAUAAU